AUGACUUGGCUAUCUGUACUGCUCCCUGUGCUUCUGGCUGUCCUGAAACUAGCAGCCUCACAAGGAAAUGAAUCUCUCUUUGUCACUGAACAAGAGCUCUUCAGAAGAGUGGUGGAUCUCCUAGUGCCUGGAGAAGACAUCCUGAGUGAGACAGCAGUCACCUCUUUAUUAAGUAUCUUAGAGAACCGUGUGCAGUGUACUGAGGUGCCGUGUGAAAAGUGCUUUUUGGCCAAUGAUGUCUUUGAACUUGCUGGGAAGAAUGACAGUGGCAGCAGAACACUGACACCUGAUGAGUUUUUCCAAAUCUCUCCUGGCUUGCUGCUCUUUCUGACUGACCCACAGAGAGUGUGCCAGGACAUACAAGCCAAGCAGUGGGAAAAGGAAACAAUGGUGUUCACAGAGAAACUAUUGACAGCAAUUGAUACCAGCCAAAUCCCCAAGCUCACCCAUAGCCUAGUGGAAGAGGAACUGCAGAAAAUACAGAAGAGCUAUCUGACAGUGGACAAAGGUCAGCCUUGUGUCAACUCCACUCAAAUCAUAGAAGAGUACGAGCUGGUGUCCAAUGGGACGACAGGAAUUAAUGUUGGCCACUUUUCUGCUGUAAUACUUUACCAUGUCUUAAGAGGAGACUGCUUACUCCGAUACCUAUUGCCAAGGCCUGAAUACUUCCUUAACUUCAUAUUUCACAUGUACCAGAAUCUCACUGGGACAGAACUUGAAGACUUGAUGGAUAAAAUUGGUUUAGCUCACAAUAACCAAGAGCAUCAACACCAAGAGAACAGUGGAAGUCAUAGUGAAGACCACUCGGGUGAGAGGUCUCAGGGCCAUCGGUCCAACCAGCUGCCAAGUCAUGGCCAGGAGGAGGGGGAUGAGGACAGUUCCUGGGACAUGAAAUGUUUUAGUUCCAGUGAAAUAAUGGCGAUCCAUCAGAUUGCAGCCAAUGAGAUGAUUUCCCAAAGCAAGUUUGUUCAACUGAGCCCUGCGUUAAUUCAGCAGCUUCUAAGUCAGGCCUGCACCAGAGUUCAACAAGAGAAGGAACCACACAAAUAUCAGUUGACCACUGCGGAAAAAUUUAUUUAUGGAUCAAUUGCAACAUUGAUUAUCAGUCUUUGUGCAGUGCUUGGGAUCAUAAUUGUUCUCUUCACUAGCUGCACCAACGUUUAUCAGUACGUCAUUCAGGGCUUUAUAAGCCUGGCUGUGGGGUCACUAACUGGCGAUGCUGUGUUACAUCUCAUACCCAAGUUUCUUGGCAUGCACUCUCAUGGGAAUAGUCUCGUACACAUGCCAGAGUCUCACAUCUGGAAGCUGUUGGCUGUUCUAGGAGGCAUCUAUGCUUUUUUUGUGAUGGAGAAGCUAUUUGGAAUAUUCAUAAAAGAUGAUGUUGAAAAGGGCCAUCACCACUGUGACCAUGAGUUGGCACUGCAAGCAUUUAAAAAGAAUCAGAAGAAAAAACAGACAACAUCCCAGGUUGAACUGAUGUCCUCAGAUGUGUCUUUAGAAGGUGACUUUGGUCAACGCUCUAAUAAAGCUUUGCGGGUUCUUCCGUACAUGAUCGUGAUUGGUGAUAGCAUCCAUAACUUUGCCGACGGGCUGGCUCUGGGAGCAGCUUUCUCUGUCUCCUGGAAAACAGGGCUUGCCACAACACUUGCAGUUUUCUGUCAUGAGCUUCCUCAUGAAAUGGGUGAUUUUGCAGUUCUGCUGCACUCUGGAAUUUCUGUCAAGAAAUCCAUCCUCCUGAACUUUGGCAGUGCCUUGACCGCUUUUAUUGGACUAUACAUAGCACUAGGUGUUGCGACAGAUGAAAUAGUGCAAGAAUGGAUAUUCACUGUAGCAACAGGCCUCUUCCUUUAUGUGGCUCUUGCAGAUAUGAUUCCAGAGAUGAUGGAAGCAAAGAGCAAAAAUCCCUGGAUUUUAUUCCUUCUGCAAAAUUUGGGAUUAUUGGUCGGCUGGACAAUCUUACUCUUAUUAUCACUUUAUGAGGAUCAAAUUCAAUUUGGAUAGAGCACAAUGCGCCUGCUCUGAAUAUUUUCUGUAGGUGCAGCGUAUAUGGUUCUCUUUUUUCAAUCUUCACUACUGGACAGUGGGCUGUAGCUGUAAACAUGAUGGUGGAACAUAUAUAGUCAACCAUGUAUAUUCUGCAAAUCCAAUUCAAUUUUAUUUUAAGUGGUACGUGGAGGUAUCCCUGGUUCCUAGAAAUGUCAGGAAAAGCAGCCAUCCAUCUCCAGUGGAAAAGAUGUGGUAUCUGGUGAAAGUUUAGAUUGAGCUGUCAGCGCAAGUGAUAGAUGCAAGUUCAAUUGUAACAUUGAAGAGAAGUUUGGAUAGGUACAUGGAUGAGAGAGAUAUGGAGGGCAAUGGGUAAUGGGACUAUGCAGAGGACCAGGUGGGCACAGAUUAUACAGUGUGGGCUGAAGGGCCAUGGCUCUGUGCGAUAAUACACCAUUACUCUAAUGGUUACAAUAUCCAAACAAAAACCCAUCUGGUUCAACAAACAUUGUUUAGGGAAUAAGACCAUUAAAAACAGUAGCUGAAAUAGGCCAUUUGGCCCAUCAAAGCCUGCUCCACCAUUCCAUCAACCCCAUUCUCCAGCCUUCUCCCUUUUACCUUUGAUACCCUGAAUAAACAAGAACUUAUCAAACUCUGCUUUAAAUAUACCCAAUAACUUGGCUUCCACAACCAUCUGUGGCACUGAAUUCCACAGAUUCACUACACUCUGAAUUCCUCCUCAUCUCUGUUUAAAUGGAUGUGCCUCUUUUCUGAGGCUGUGCACUCUGUUCCUAAACUCCCCCACUAUAAGUAACAGCCUCUCCAUGUCUACUCUGUCUCAGCCUUUCCAUAAUCUGUAGUUUUCAAUGAGGCAUUCUCAUUCUUCUAAACUCCAGUGAGUACAGGCCCAGAGCCAUUAAACACUCCUCAUACAUUAACUGUUUCAUUCCCAGAAUCAUUCUCAUGAACAUCAUCUAGACACUCUGCAAUGCGAAGAUAUCGUUUCUUAGAUAAGGGGCCCAAAACAAUGUUUCAUAAAGCCUCAGCAUUACAUCCUUGCUUUUGUAUUGUAGUCCUCUUGAAAUGAAUAGGAACAUUGCGUUUACCUACCUUGCCAACUCAACCUGCAGGUUAACCUUUGGGGAAUCCUGCACAAAGACUCCCAAAUCCCUUUGCACCUGACUGUUGAAUUUUUUCCCUGUUUGGAAAAUAGUUUAUGCAUUUAUUCUUUCUACCAAGAAUGAAAUCUGCUGCAAUUAAACAAUUGGUCUAUAUAUUAGCCUAGAAACAUAGCCAAGUGACAGACUCUGAAAAGCCUGACCUCUAGUUGUAUCAAAGCUGCUUAAAAAGUUUCAGUCUAACAACAUUGUGAGAGGAUCUUCAACAACAUUACAAUGACAGCUAAACACUUCUUUGAGCACUGAGGUAAUAUCAUGAACUGCUCCAUGGCUAUAGAAUGCAGCCAUCGGGCUUCUGGACUGACUUCACUCACCAUGGCCCUGAAUUGGCUCAGUGGUUGUGGACUCACUUUCAGAGGCUGCAGUUCGUGUUCUGUGUCUUAUUUGUUUGCUUUUUUAUUGUUUGGACAAUGUGUUCCUUUUUCACAUAUUGGGUGUUUGACAGUCUUUGUUAUGUAGGUUUCUUUAAUGGUUUAUAUUAUGUUGCUUUGCUUUGUGGCUGCCUACAAAAUAAAAGAACCUCAAGGUUAUAUACAGUGUACAUACUUUGAUAAUAGACGUACUUUGAACUUUGAUGGAGUAACAGAAAUAAUGCUGGUUUAAUUUUGCGUUACACUUUCUACACAUUAGCUAACACGUU